AUGUGGUCUUGGUUACAGUUUGACAGUCUGAAGCAUCACCAGGUGUUUUAUAACUAUGGCCACAGAUUUGCAUAUUUACGUCACGUGAUCAUCGAUUCCCAGAAUGCAUUUGAAAAACAUGGCGGCGAGCCUGUUGAAGAUGUGCUGGACCAAGAACGAAAGUCAGAACUUUUGGAUCUGCCUAGUGGAUUUUUCAGUUUGGCUUGUGAAGAUAUGCCAGUGUCACAUUUCUCCGGGAGUUACUUAGAUACAUGGAUGAACGUAACUGUCUCUGAGACAAGGACUAAAAACAAAACCGAGGUCGAUGACGUAGUAAGUGGAUAUACUCUCGCUUUGCAGCGGUACAAGUACACGAGUCUUCUCAACACCAUGGCAACGGUCUACAACGCGUUCCUCACGACGCUGGUGUUAAACGUAACUCCGCCAAUAAACAUAUUAAUAAUGGACGGGCAUCCAUACAAUGUUAUGAAUGAACUAUGGUCCAACGUCUUUGGGAAAGUCGUACGCGCUGGGCAUUUGUCAGGAAAAAUAAAGUUUGAAAACAUGAUCUGGAAUAUUCCGGAAGAAAAGAGUCUUAUGCUACAGCCUGCAAAAGGUUCCAUGCCGUUUGCGGACGAAUUCAGACAGUUCAUAUUUUCAGCAUACGGGGUGUCUUCAGAGCGAAACGUGAUGUGUGGUAAAUUGUCCCUGCUAUUUGUAUGGAGACGUGACUAUAUAACGCACGCUAGAAAUUCUAAAGGCAACGUUAGUCGAAAGAUAGUCAACGAAAAGGAAUUACUUUCUGCAGUGCAGAAGACGUUUCCAUCAUUUGACGUCAGCGGCUAUCAGAUGGAUACCUUCUCAAUGAAGACUCAACUAAAGCUUGUUGCGCAGACGGACGUUCUAAUGGGAAUGGCUGGUUCAGGGUUGACGCAUGCUCUGUUUCUGCCACAAAAUGGCGCAGUGGUAGAGGUAAAAAGCGGAAGCCUCAACCCAACGAUAAGUCAGUUUGAAGCUAUGGCCAGAUGGCGAGAUUUGAAAUACGGAUCCGUGUCUAUAGAGGCACAAGAACAAGACCAUUACGUUUAUGUCCCGCCAAAGGAUAUGAUCGAUGUCGUCAAAAGGGUGGUGUCCAAUAUGUGCUAGUUCUUGUGGAGUGUUGUGGAUAUACGGUUUUUCUUCCAUAGACGAAUGAAUGAAUAUUUAAUGACACCCUAGCGCAAAAGUAAACACAUCGGCUAUUGGGCGUUCUUCCAUGGACAUGCAAGCUAUGCAACAGAUGAUUAAAGUCCGAACCAAAAUGUUAACAACUAGGCUACGAUAAGCUGCUCUCCUACCUUUAUUUUUCGUUAGCUUUUACCCAUAUUUUGUCUAGACAGAACUCUUGAAAAAUCCAUUACA